AUGGCGACGCCGCAGGACUACACUUCGAUGCCAUGGGCUCCUCGCUCGAACAUCGCCCAGGAGGAUGACUCUCCCACACCUUUGCGAAGUAAGUACGCCAGAGACAUUGCGAUGUUCUGCGCUGACCAUUCAGCUGCCACUCCAAACACGGAAGCCCUUAUCGAGCAGCUUGCAGCAUCGCACGCACUCCAACGCCAACAGGAGAGCCGUAUUAGAGAGCUCCUAAGCAAACAGCACGAUCUGUCUAAAGAGCUUGAGCAUGGUCGCAAACGUGAGACAGCUGUGCAGGCGGUGUUUGUCGAGAACCUUGAGAGGGAGCAGGAGCUGGCGAAAAGAGAACGUGUGGUUGAAGAGAAAAUGAAGCAGCUGAACAAGCAAGAGGAAUACAUCGUCGAGAAAGAGAAGAGCACGAACGAGAAAGUGAAAGAAGUGAUGCAAUUGCAAAAGGCGCUGGGCCACUACACACCGAGCACUUCUAAGCUGGAAGCCGACCGCGUUCGUCAAAAGGCUGGCGUCAACUAUCUUGGCCUCAGUGACUAUGCCCACUGCAGCUUUUCCCGCAAUACUGCACACUUGGAUACCGACGAUUUCCAUAUUUCUGCCGCUAUCAUGAACGGCCAGGAUGUCCAGACACUCCGUCGCCACGACUACUACAUUGGAUACUACAGCUGUUCCUAUCAGACUUUGAUGAAAGAAUGGGAACAAACUCAGCCAAAGGUCGAAAACUCCCCAUACUUGAAUGACUGCCUUGCCAAUCCCGAGAGUAAUGGACGUAAUGCAGGAGCACUAUUCGCUUUCGCCGCGUUGUGUGCCAAUCACAAGCCCGAAUGGGAUAUGCGACUGGACAAAUAUACUUGGCCCAUGGAAUGUAUCGAAUCUGCGUGUGGAAUUGGUGGUGAUGACCGCAAUGAAGCGGGGUUUUGGCACGGCUUUGCGGAGGCAAAAGAGGAGAUGAAGGCGAAAUUCGAGAGGAUGUUAGAGGAAGAGAAACACAAGAUAGAGAUGCGGGUUGUGGAGUAUAUCUGCCACUCGAACGGUGCUGGAAUGUAUGGUUCUACGACGAGAGUUUUCGUCUUUGGUGAGCACAGGUGUGAUACGAUAGCUAUAAAAAAAAAGGCAUCGCUAUCUGUGCACAGAGUUCUUAAGAGUUGA